AUGCAUGAUAAUGCUGGCUCAGCCGAGAUAACAAAAGCUGUCUCUGCUGUCACUCGCUCUGCCAAGACAACAAAAGCUGUCUCUGCUGUCACUCGCUCUGCCAAGACAACAAAAGCUGUCUCUCCUGUCACUCGCUCUGCCAAGACAACAAAAGCUGUCUCUGCUCUCCCUCGCUCAGCUGAGAUAACAAAAGCUGUCUCUGCUGUCCCUCGCUCAGCCAAGACAACAAAAGCUGUCUCUGCUGUCCCUCGCUCAGCCAAGACAACAAAAGCUGUCUCUGCUGUCCCUCGCUCAGCCGAGACAACAAAAGCUGUCUCUGCUGUCCCUCGCUCAGUCGAGACUACAAAAUCUUUCUCUGCUGUCCCUCGCUCAGCCGAGACUGCAAAAGCUGUCUCUGCUGUCCCUCGCUCAGCCGAGACUACAAAAGCUGUCUCUGAUGUCCUACACUCAGCCGAGAUAACGAAAGCUGUCUCUGAUGUCGCUCGCUCAGCCGAGAUAACGAAAGCUGUUUCUGAUGUCCCUCGCUCAGCCGAGACAACAAAAGCUGUCUCUGAUGUCCCUCGCUCAGCCGAGACAACAAAAGCUGUCUCUGAUGUCACUCGUUCUGCCAAGACAACAAAAGCUGUCUCUGCUGUCACUCGCUCAGCCGAGACUACAAAAUCUUUCUCUGCUGUCCCUCGCUCAGCCGAGACUACAAAAGCUGUCUAUGAUGUCCUACACUCAGCCGAGAUAACGAAAGCUGUCUCUGAUGUCCCUCGCUCAGCCGAGACAACAAAAGCUGUCUCUGAUGUCCCUCGCUCUGCCGAGACAACGAAAGCUGUCUCUGAUGUCGCUCGUUCUGCCAAGACAACAAAAGCUGUCUCUGAUGUCAUUCGCUCAGCCGAGACAACAGAAGCUGCCUUUUGUCUUUGA